AUGUCACUCAUUACAAUCAACAAUGAAGUUCCUAUGAUGUUCAAAGAGUUCAAAUUGUCACACAAAUGGAGAUACAUCAUUUUUAAAAUGAACGACAAACUAACUGAAGUCAUCAUUGACAAAAUUGGUCAAUAUGAUGAAACUUAUGACGAUUUCACAAAGGCUCUUUCACCAAAGGCUGCAAGGUUUUGUGUGUACGACCUUCAUUACACACAAGUGAAUGGUAAAAGAGAAAAGAUAAUAUUUUACUUGUGGUCUCCAUCAAAAUGUUCUCUUAAAGAAAAAGUCAUCUUCUCAGCUACAAAAGUGUUGGUCAAACAAGUCUUUGAAGGAAUAGCAGCAGAGGUACAAGCCACUUGCGAUUCGGAACUCGACAUAGAAAGAGUGCUAGACAAGGUCAAAAGUGUUUCUAGAGAAUAA